AUGUCAAUCCAGAAUUAUUCCAUCUGUCCAAUUAGUUUAGUUUCUGUAUGCUUGGCCAUCCUUCACUUAGUCUCCAGUUCUGGAAUAAAUGCUGCUCCCGAUCAAAUGCAUGCAGCAUCAAACCCUGGAACUGAAGGGAAAGCUCUUUUAACAUGGAAAGCCAGUCUUGACAAUUAUAGCCAAUCUAAGUUGUCAUCCUGGUCAUCUUCUGCAAAUCCUUGCAGUACUUGGGAUGCAAUUCGAUGCAACAAGGCUGGACGAGUAUCGGUGAUUAACAUCACUAGUUCUGGCAUCAAAGGUACACUUGAUCAUUUCAAUUUCUCGUCUCUACCCCAUCUAACUACAAUUGAGCUUUCUCAAAAUGCACUCCAUGGGACCAUACCAUCCAACAUUGGGAACCUUUCCAGACUAACCAAUCUUGCCUUCUGGUCAAAUCAAUUGUCCGGUGCUAUUCCUGAUGAAAUCAGCCAACUAACCAAUCUUAGGCUCUUGAACCUUUCCGAUAACUCAUUCAAUGGAUCAAUCCCUACUUCUAUUGGCAAUCUGACAGGCCUAGCCGAGCUAGACCUAGGAAGCAACAAACUUUCUGGAUGGAUUCCAGAAGAGAUUGGGAAGCUCAAAUCUCUGACGAAACUCUCUUUGGCUAACAAUACGCUCACAGGUCGGAUUCCUGUGUCUAUUGGAAACUUAAGUGGCUUGACUCUGCUGUAUCUUUACCAAAAUUAUCUGUCGGGGCCUAUUCCCAAAGAAAUUGGAAACUUGACAAAGCUAAAUGAAUUAAAUCUUCUAGAAAACAAGCUCACUGGACAGAUUCCUUCUACCUUAGGAAAUUUGACCAAUCUCGUUGACUUGCAACUUUCCCAAAACAACUUAUAUGGGGCUAUCCCUCCAGAAUUGGGAACAUUGAAGCUACUAGCUCAUAUUCUUAUUUUCCAAAACCAGCUAAGUGGUGCUCUGCCCGAUGGAUUCAACAAUCUUACACAUUUAAAUGUGCUAGAUCUGUCUCAAAAUUAUUUUACUGGUCAUUUACCCCAAAAUAUAUGCAUUGGUAGCUCACUGUCGUGGUUCAAUGUACAUGAGAAUAAUUUUGUCGGUGCUAUGCCAAGGAGCUUUAAAAACUGUUCUAGUUUAAGAGGUAUUGGCAUCUCUGACAACCAACUAUCAGGAAAUAUCUCUGAAGAAUUUGGCAUCUAUCCACAUGUGGAAAUUAUGGAUUUAAGGAAUAACAAAUUUUUUGGUCAGCUGUCUUGGAAUUGGAGUGGCUAUCUGAAUUUGACAGCGUUGGGAAUCUCGAAUAAUAAUCUUUCUGGCAGAAUACCAACUGGGCUUGGAGAGCUAUCUCGUCUGCAAAAACUUUAUCUCUCUUCAAAUCACUUGCAUGGGAAGAUCCCUAGCAGUUUAGGGAAGUUGACCUUGUUGCUUGAGCUUAAGCUGCACAACAACAAUCUCUCAGGCAAUAUACCAACAGAAAUUGGUCAGAUGUCUAGGCUUUUAAAUCUUAGUUUGUCGGCCAAUAAUCUUAGUGGCUCAAUCCCAGAACAAAUAGGUAAUUGCACACAAUUGCUGGAUUUAAACUUGAGCCAAAAUGCACUCGUCGGAAAUAUUCCUUCUCAAGUAGGAAAUCUUCCCUCACUCGCAACUCUUGAUCUCAGCCAAAACAUGCUGGAAUCAAAAUUGCCACUAGAGCUAGGCGAGAUGAAAAGCAUUGAGACGAUGAAUCUUUCGCAUAAUAGGAUAUCAGGUUCCAUCCCAAAAAGUUUUGAUCAUUGCUUCAGUUUGAUUUCCAUUGAUAUAUCCUACAAUCAGUUGGAAGUGUUACUGGAUUGA